AUGAAGCUGAUGCCGGAAUUCCGUCAAAGUUUCUGGGAGAGUACCAGGACGGUGACUGCGCGUCAGUGGAAGCUUACGAAGCGUAACACUUCUUUCAUUUACGUGCGAGCCUUGAUGGUUAUAGUCAUGGGUCUCAUCUACGGUAGCACCUUCUACCAGACAGACCCGAAAGACGCGCAGAUGACUAUCGGUAUACUCUUCCAGGCGACGAUCUUCAUGAGUCUGGGUCAGACAGCUCAAGUCCCGACAUUUUACGAAGCUCGUGACAUUUUCUACAAGCAACGCUCGGCCAAUUUCUAUCGUUCUGCGUCGUUCGCUAUUGCGAAUUCAUUGGCGUUGAUCCCUCAAGCCAUCGGAGAGAGUAUCGUGUUUGGGUCACUGGUAUACUGGAUGGCGGGUCUUGUACCACAUGCAGGACAUUUCAUCAUCUUCUUGAUCAUUAUGAUGCUCAUGAACCUCGUGUACGCCGCGUGGUUCUUCUGUCUGACCGCCAUUUGUCCCAGUUUCAACAUCGCCAAGCCCAUGUCCACGUUCACUAUUGUCAUUUUCAACCUCUUCGGAGGUUUUGUGAUGGCCAAGAACGUCAUGCCCGACUGGUUGAUCUGGGUUUAUUACCUCGUUCCGGACUCCUGGUCUCUGCGUGCGUUGUGUGUGAACCAGUAUCGUUCCAAGACAUUCGACGUCUGCGUGUAUGACGAUGUGGACUACUGCUCGCAGUACAAUUUGACUAUGGGCGAGUACUUGUUACAGCAGUAUGCAGUGCCGUCGAAUCAUGACUGGGUGUGGACGGGUGUUAUCUAUAUGGUUGGCCUCUACGUGUUUCUCAUGGCAACGGGUGCGUUUGUUCUCGAGUACAAGCGGUACGAUGGUCCUGCCAAUGUUUCGCUCAAGCCGAAAGAUGAUAACAGGGGUGAAGCAACGAAAGAAACGAGUGAUUAUGUACUGGCAACGACUCCAAAGAACUCUGGGACGUCGUCUGGGUCGAUGCAUGAUGUUGCGUUGGAUGUGCCUAGACGUGAAAAACUGUUCACUCCCGUGACGAUCGCCUUCCAGGACUUGCACUAUUUC